AUGUAUUCGGUGAGAAGUGGGUACCAUAAAGCUCGGGAGCUUGGGCUCCAAUCUGAGGCUGAAAGCUCGGAAAGGGAGCGGGAGGUUUCCCUUUGGAGGUCGGUUUGGGCUCUUCAGGCUCAUGCGUCAACCAAAGUGUUUAUUUGGAGGGUUUUAAAAAAUGUUAUCCCAGUAUAUCUAAAUCUUUCCAAGCGCCGAAUCCUAGUGGAUGUGCGGUGUCCUAUUUGUGGGAAAGAGGAGGAAUCAGUGUUACAUAUUAUGUGGAUUUGUGAGUUUUCAUCGCAGGUCUUCAGUAAUAGUGUCCAAAGCAUCCAGAAAAUGAGAUUGAGAUUUCUGGAUUUUGAGCAAUUAUGGUUGGCUGCUGUAGACAGGUUAUCAAGUUCAGAUUUGGCUAUUUUAGCUACUACAUUUCGAUUGAUUUGGAGUCGGCGCAAUUCUUUUAUCUUUGAACAGAAAUUCCAGCCCUCGAAGUACUUAGCGUCGUAUGCAAUUAAUUCGGUUGCCCCUAGUGCGGUAAAGUCUCUGGUUAUUCCUCGGAGAGUCCUUCUCUCUUUCCCUUCUUCUCUGCAGGGGCAAGUGUGGUUGCCUCCUCCAGAAGGAAUAAUCAAAGUUAACUGGGAUGCAGGGAUAAAUGUUGCUGUGCAAAAAUCGGGUUUCCGGGUGGUUAUUCGCGAUCAUUUGGGCGUCUUAAUGGCGGCUAAGUGUUCUUCCCGGCCUAUUGCCUUGGAUCCGACUGUAGCAGAGGCGGAAGCAGCUCUGUUAGCUGUUGAGUUUGCUAUGGAGUUGGGGUUCCGUCAUAUUAUUUUGGAAGGGGAUUCUUUGGCUGUAGUGGAGGAUAUUCUCAAUGAGGACUACUGCUUUCAUGAUUGGAGUGGGGUAGUUUUAGAAAUCAAGGCCAAGAUACAAAGAUUGUUUUCUUGCCAGGUACAGUUUGUGCCUAGAGAAGGAAAUUGUGCUGCCCAUUGUUUGGCUAAGGAGGCGUUAAAUUGCGACAAUCCAAUUACAUGGAUAGAGGAAGGCCCUUCGGUGUUGCUGCCCAUUAUUAUUGCAGAAAAAUCCUCUAUUCAGUCUUCAGAGGGGUUUUGA